AUGGCAGAUGAUUUGCAAGAGUUAGCAGGUAGCGGAAGGAAAUUUCCCAUAUCAAGGCUCAUGAAUGGCAUGAAAAAUUUAAACGGACAAACCCUGUUCAAACUAAAGGAUGAGAAUAGCAACGGCAGCAAAUCACCAUCAGAACCAAUGCCAAUGACGAAGUCUGCAGAUCUGAACGUUACACUCAAAGGACCGAGCAAUGAAGUUCUCAAAUUCUUUAACAACGACAACAAUGAAAAAGGUGAAGAUGUUGAUAACAAGAGGAUUUCUAGCGAAGAAAUCGAUAGCACGUUACUAACUACUGUAAGUGAGCGUCCGAUGAUGGAGGUCAUGACACCGAGAUUGCCACAGGCAAACGAGUGCGGCGAUGUAAUUGAACCUCUCUGUGCGAAGCAGCAUCUUCGAUGCAAGGAGAAGAACGACUACAAACGAAGCAGCAGUACUUCAGAUUCUGUAUACCACUCGCCGCUAGAGAUGGAUUUACAAAAAAAGCGUCAUAUCCAUAUUUUACAGCUGUCUACCUCUCUAUUGCUCUAUCAAUGCGGCAUCACCGGUCGUGCUCUCUGCUUCACAAUCACCUGCGAUCCACUAUGUCAAAGACCACUACGUGAUCCCGACAGAUGGAAAAAGCACCACGAGGAAGUCGCAACAAACCGGUCGUCUUGUGAAGAAACUGGACUGGUAAUGGAACAUUGUCCACGGACGUGUCAUGCUUGUGGGGACAGCAUAGAUUUCGCUUAUGACGUGCGACGACUUCCAAAAGAGCUGAAAUCAGUGGCGUGGAUGGUUGGGAGGUGGCGAUCCGAAUUUGGCGGUAAAGCUCUCUUCCCGACUAUUCCGAAGUUCACCUAUGGAGAACAGAUUGACAUUUCAAUCAGCGAUGUCACAAGAAACAGUACACCUUCUUUGAAUUACACUGCUUUCGCUUGGGAUAUCAGUGUGCCGGAAGAUGAACUGGUAGAGAUCCAUAGCGAAAGCGGCUACAUAAAUGUGAACCGAGACAAGAAGACCGGCUUGGAUAUGGUCUCGCUAACGACUGCAAUGAGUAAUGGUGCGUGUUUUUGUAUCCUUGAUAAGCAUGACGAUUUGAAGAAGAUGCGGUAA